AUGAGAGAAGCUUCAGAAGUACUGUUGCUUUUGCACGAAAGUUUUCGAGCUUCAAGGCAUAUACGUGGAUUAUGGCUGUUUGAAAAUCUUGGAAAAAGCUUAUGCGUAGAUAAAACAAAGCACGAGUUUGAUGAAGGUGUAGAACUGGUUGGCAUUAUUGCGAAAGAUGGAGACCCUGUGAGUGAGGGAGAGCAGUUAAGAAUAUGCACAGACACUGUACCUGUUUUUAUCUCAAAAGCAUAUCGGUUGAUCUUCAUUCUUGAUCUCAGUCCAUCAGUCUUCGCUGUUGACGUUUCCAGUGAGACUUUACUGCAUAAAAGACUUCUGGAUAAUCUUGAACGAGCGUUGAUCGGUGUCACAAUGCCUGUAUUUUUUCAAGGUUUAUUGUUGGACUGUAACAAUGUUAAAGAAGCAUUGAGACUUAUACGCGAAAAAUUCGAAAACUUUUCUAAUAAUCUCUGUUCAUUUAUGCAGUCAAGUAUUGGCAUCUAUGACAGAGAUAGGAGAUUGCCUUACCAGAACAGAAAUUCCAAUAUGGCUCAAAAGCACGGUUCGGAAGCACACUCUAAAUCCACUGGAAUGUUAAAUUUACUUGACAAAAAGUUAGUUGGUGAUUUUGGAUAUAUUAAACCUGAAUUCACCUUUUGUUCUAUGCUACGAAUAGGACUUUUGGCGGCUCGAUUACUGCCCGAAAACACUCAGUCGAAUGUUAUUUUGUUAACGGAUGCUAAUGUUGGAAAACCGAAUGAAGAAGCGAUGCAACUGUUAUUGAAUCAACUGCGAAAUUUCACUCUUUCUUGCUCUAUGAAACGGAAUGCGACUGCAGGUUUGGCUUGUGGUGAUUUGACCAAUUCUGAACUGUUCAAUUUUCUCGCGUUUUCUACUUUUGGGAAUUAUUUGGUAGACACUGAAUCUUUUCUCGAUAAGGACUUGCCAUUCGGUAUGAAUAUUUAUCAAAAGUCUUUGUUGUCUUGGUCUUUUCAACGGAAAUAUAUUGGUAAUUCUUUCCUAGAAAAGUUUACUGAAACGUAUAACCCAGAGUUUGCAAAUUUUUGUAAAAGGUAUUAUAUUUUGCUUUUCUUCUAGAU